CUUAUUUUUGGUAUGUACAUGUGGUUGGCCAAAUAGUUAACUUCGGGUCUCUGGAAAACAAAAUAAUAAAAGGAAAAGACAACAUGAGGCUCUUGGUUGAGUUGCGUGACCCAAAUAAUGUGAAGAUGAUGUGUACUCUGUGGGGUAGUUAUGCUAAACAAGUAUACGAUUACAGUAGGAGUAACAUGUCCACCAUGAUUAUUUGUGUGAUCAGAUUCUGUUCUGUUAAAGAGUGGAAAGGUGCUUACUCCAUAUCUAGCGGGUAUAAUUCAACCCAUAUCCUGCUCAACCCAACACUUGAUUUUAUUGAGGAGUUCAAAGCAAGUCUCCCUGAUGAUUCACUUGCUCUUACGAACAACGAUAGUAGCCAAUGGUCUGUUGGUACUGCUACUUCUAUUCGUGCCAGGUUUUUUGUUCUUAAUGAGAGGCUAACCAUCGGAGAGAUCAUUGAUAGCUCUGUGGUUGGCACUUUUGUUACUCUGGGGACCAUUGAAACAAUUGAUACUGAACGUGGCUGGCAAUAUCUAAGUUGCAAAUACCACAACAAAAAAGUGAUGCCUACAACCAAUGUUGAUGCUGAUGACCGGCCCUUGUUCUUCUGCAAUACGUGUGACAAAGAACACAGUGAUGUUAUUUCCAGGUUCAAAUUAAUUGCCAAUGUCAAGGACGAUAGCGGUGAGGCUAAUUUUCUGUUGUUUGAUGCUAAUGCUCAAGCAAUUGUGCGUCAUUCUGCUGCUGAACUCUAUGACGAGAAUGAAGAUGAAGACUUCUUACCUGAAGCAGUGAGCGAUCUCUUUGGUAAGAGAGUCCUUUUUGAGAUUUCAGUUGACGCUGAUAACAUCAAAGGAAAGAGUUCUCAGUAUGUUGUUCGAUUGGCUACUGAUGACCGUGAAAUGGUUGAGGAAUUUGCUGAUUUGCCUCCUAAAUCUAACCCGGUACUAAUGUUGGAGUCCGCAGAUGAUAUUUCCUCUGGUUCUGGUGGUUUUACAGCAACUCCUUUGUCCAAAAGAAAAAGCGAACAAGAUGACGACAGUUGCCUUGAGGAUCAACACUCUGUUAACAAGAAACUCUCUCAAAAGAAACUCAAGGGCGAGUGAGCUGUCUCUUUUUGAUGAGUUGCUGUCCUUUAUAGUGUUAUGGCUUUGUUUUUGCUUCAUUUUUUAAAACUUUGUCUGAGUAUCUUUGUCUUUGGUUUUGUUUAAGAUUUGGUCCGACCAUCUUUGUUUUUUGCUUUUAAUUGGAAUAAAAUUUUAUCAAGUUCCAAUCUAAACCAGACAACCUUUUCUUUGGUUGGCUCUGAAUUUUGAUUUAGUAUUUAUGCCAAUCGGUAACGUAUUAGAAUCAUUACAUUGGUAAAAU